UUGUCGGGAUGAGGGCGGGAGCCAACAUGGAGCCCUCAAUGGGAUAAGGGUGAAAGUGCUAUUGCCGGCUGCUCCUGUUUUCGCGCCCCAGCAUGCUGGUGCAUUUAUUUCGGGUCGGGAUUCGGGGUGGCCCAUUCCCAGGCAGGCCGCUAGUGCCCCUCCGCUUCCAGACAUUCUCAGCUGUCAGGUACUCUGAUGGCCACCGCAGCUCCACUCUCCUCCGGGCCGUGGCCCACCUGCGAUCCCAGCUCUGGGCCCACCUCCCUCGCGCCCCUCUAGCUCCCAGACAGAGCCCCUCUGCCUGGUGCUGGGUUGGGGGAGCCCUGCUAGGCCCCGUGAUACUGAGUAAGUGUCCCCGCCUCUACUUUGUGGCCCUCUGUGAGGCAGAAGAGGCCCCUCCUACCAGCUCCACACCCCGUGUCGUGGGGUCUCGCUUUAACUGGAAGCUCUUCUGGCAGUUUCUGCGCCCCCACCUGCUGGCUCUGGGGGUAGCCAUCGUGCUGGCCUUGGGUGCGGCGCUAGUGAAUGUGCAGAUCCCCCUGCUCCUGGGCCAGCUGGUAGAGAUUGUGGCCAAGUACACGAGGGACCACAUGGGGAGUUUCAUGACUGAGUCCCGGAAUCUCAGCACCCAGCUGCUUAUCCUCUAUGGUGUCCAGGGACUGCUGACCUUCGGGUACCUGGUGCUGCUGUCCCACAUUGGCGAGCGCAUGGCUGUGGACAUGCGGAGGGCCCUCUUCAGCUCCCUGCUCCGACAAGACAUCGCCUUCUUUGACACCAAUAAGACAGGGCAGCUGGUGAGCCGCUUGACGACUGACGUGCAGGAGUUUAAGUCAUCCUUCAAGCUCGUCAUCUCCCAGGGACUGCGAAGCUGCACCCAGGUGGCAGGCUGCCUGGUAUCCCUGUCCAUGCUGUCUACACGCCUGACGCUCCUGCUGAUGGUGGCCACACCAGCCCUGAUGGGAGUGGGCACCCUGAUGGGCUCCGGCCUCCGAAAAUUGUCUCGCCAGUGUCAGGAGCAGAUCGCCAGGGCAAUGGGCGUAGCAGAUGAGGCCCUGGGCAACGUCCGGACUGUGCGUGCCUUCGCCAUGGAGCAGCGGGAAGAGGAGCGCUACGGGGCAGAGCUGGAAGCGUGCCGCUGCCGGGCAGAGGAGCUGGGCCGGGGCAUCGCCUUGUUCCAAGGGCUUUCCAACAUCGCCUUCAACUGCAUGGUCUUGGGUACCCUGUUUAUUGGGGGCUCCCUUGUGGCCGGACAGCAGCUGACAGGAGGAGACCUCAUGUCCUUCCUGGUGGCUUCCCAGACAGUACAAAGGUCCAUGGCCAACCUCUCUGUCCUGUUUGGUCAGGUGGUCCGGGGGCUGAGUGCAGGCGCCCGGGUCUUUGAGUACAUGGCCCUGAGCCCCUGCAUCCCACUGUCUGGGGGCUGCUGCGUCCCCAGAGAGCACCUGCGUGGCUCCGUUACGUUUCAGAACGUCUGCUUCAGCUACCCCUGCCGCCCCGGCUUCGAGGUGCUGAAAGACUUCACCCUGACGCUGCCCCCUGGCAAGAUCGUGGCCCUCGUGGGCCAGUCUGGGGGAGGAAAGACCACCGUGGCUUCCCUGCUGGAGCGCUUCUACGACCCCACGGCAGGCGUGGUGAUGCUGGACGGGCGGGACCUGCGCACCCUGGACCCCUCCUGGCUCCGGGGCCAGGUUGUCGGCUUCAUCAGCCAGGAGCCUGUCCUGUUUGGGACGACCAUCAUGGAAAACAUCCGCUUUGGGAAGCUGGAAGCUUCCGAUGAAGAGGUGUACGCAGCCGCCCGGGAAGCCAAUGCUCAUGAGUUCAUCACCAGCUUCCCCGAGGGCUACAACACCAUCGUUGGUGAACGGGGCACCACCCUGUCUGGGGGCCAGAAGCAGCGCCUGGCCAUUGCCCGAGCCCUUAUCAAGCAGCCCACGGUGCUGAUACUGGAUGAAGCCACCAGCGCACUGGACGCAGAGUCUGAGCGGGUUGUGCAGGAGGCCCUGGACCGGGCCAGUGCAGGCCGCACGGUGCUGGUAAUUGCCCACCGGCUCAGCACCGUCCGUGGGGCCCACCGCAUCAUCGUCAUGGCUGAUGGCCGUGUCUGGGAGGCUGGCACCCAUGAAGAGCUCCUGAAGAAAGGCGGGCUGUACGCCGAGCUCAUCCGGAGGCAGGCCCUGGAUGCCCCGAGGACAGUGGCCCCACCGCCCAAAAAGCCAGAAGGCCCCAGGAGCCAGCAGCACAAGUCCUGAGAAGGGCCCCCUGAGGUGUGGUCGCUGCCAAGCAUCAGUGCUAGGCUGGGGCUCAGCCUGCGGGGAGCUUACUGGAGACUGAGGCCCCGGGAGGGCCAGCAUGUGGAGAGUCACUGCGGCUGCUCCUGCUCACAAUAAAGCCGGGGCCGAGCGGUUGGCAGGGGAGGCCAAUCCCUCCCUCCCCUCCCUAGUCCUGCCGGCUGCCUCCCUCCCACCA